AUGCCAACGAAAGGUUUGUUAGAGCGUCUGAGAGAUGGCGAAAGCGUUGUGGUGGCAGAGGGAUACAUAUUUGAAUUUGAAAGAAGAGGAUAUCUGACAGCAGGAAGUUUUGUACCGGAAGUUGUACUCGAACAUCCUGAGCUGGUGAAGAGUUUACACGAAGAAUUUGUUCAUGCCGGAAGCGACGUUGUGUUGGCGUUUACUUAUUACGCUCACAGAGAAAAGCUUCGUCUGAUAGGACGGGAAUUUGACCUUGAAAGAAUGAACAUGGAAGCUCUUAAAAUUGCGCGCCAGGUCGCAGACAACACUGGUACAUUGAUGGCUGGAAACCUGUGUAAUUCAACGAUUUAUCGGAAGGAUGACGCAGCAUCUAUCGCACAGGUCAAUGCCAUCUUUAAGGAACAAGUGGAGUGGGCUGUGAAGGGAGGGGCCGAUUUCAUCGUAGCUGAGACGUUUGGAGAGUAUGGCGAGGCUGCUCUUGCCUUAGAAGCAAUAAAGAAAUUCGGAAACGGGUUACCUGCUGUAAUCACGCUACAGCCAACUGUCUGUAUGGAUACCCAAGACGGCAUAAAUAUCGGAGAGGCGUGUCGUAUGCUUGAGAAGGGCGGCGCCGACGUAGUGGGACUUAAUUGUGGGCGUGGUCCUGUCACUAUCAUUGAGACGCUCAAGAGUGUACGGGAUGCAUGUAAGGGACCUAUUGCUUGCCUUCCGGUACCGUACAGGACAACUGCUGCCAAACCAACCUUCUUCUCCUUGACCGUUCCGGAAACUGAAAAGAAGUCCUUUCCAUUAGAACUGUUGACAUGUCUCAGUUCUCGCGAGGAGAUCCGGACGUUUGCAGAAGAAGCCAAGGCAAUUGGAACUACCUAUGUAGGGCUGUGUUGUGGAGGAGCUUCAAACACGCUCAGAAUUGUGGCAGACGUUUACGGCAAAAACCCACCAGCCAACAAACACGCCCCGGCAAUGCACAAGCAUUACAUCUUUGGCGAUGAGUCAAAGUUUCAAGAUUAUUAUACAAAAAAUGUUAAAUCUAAAAUCGUUGCUAAUAUGUAA